GAGGGAGGGAAGGAAGGAAGGGAGUGUGGCAGGCAGGCUGGCGGGCGCGGGGGUCGGUGACUGAGGCAGUAGAAGGAAGCGAGAUCCCGGCAGCCGUAGCACUGUGUUGCAGCGCGGGCUUUUGGAGGGAUCGGUUGUCGAGUCGUCCGAGAAGAAGCGGGCACCGGUGGUGUUUGUGCUGGCGCCUGGGGGCGGGGGAUUGGGGACGUAGGAAAGGGGGGUCGCUGCGGUGGUUUUCUCGCUGUCUCGCUCUCCUUUCCUUUCUGCCUUCUCGGUGGGCUCCUCCCGGCGUCUCCCUUGCCCCCGGGGCCCCGCUCCCCGCCCCCCGCGGUAUGUCUUGAUCCGGAGCAGCGGGUUUCAUGGGGCUCCUCAGGAUUAUGAUGCCGCCCAAGUUGCAGCUACUGGCGGUGGUGGCCUUCGCGGUGGCGAUGCUCUUCUUGGAGAACCAAAUCCAGAAACUGGAGGAGUCCCGAUCGAAGCUAGAAAGGGCUAUUGCAAGACAUGAAGUCCGAGAAAUUGAGCAACGUCAUACAAUGGAUGGCCCUCGGCAAGACACCCCUUUAGAUGAGGAAGAGGACAUGGUCAUCAUUUAUAACCGAGUCCCCAAAACUGCAAGCACCUCUUUUACCAAUAUUGCCUAUGACCUGUGUGCAAAGAAUAAGUACCAUGUUCUUCACAUCAACACUACCAAAAAUAAUCCAGUGAUGUCGCUGCAAGAUCAGGUGCGAUUUGUGAAGAAUAUUACUUCCUGGAAAGAGAUGAAACCAGGAUUUUACCACGGACACGUUUCUUAUUUGGACUUUGCUAAAUUCGGUGUAAAAAAGAAGCCCAUUUACAUUAAUGUCAUAAGGGAUCCCAUUGAGAGGCUAGUUUCGUACUAUUACUUUCUGAGAUUUGGAGAUGAUUAUAGACCAGGGUUAAGAAGACGAAAACAAGGAGACAAAAAGACCUUUGAUGAAUGCGUAGCAGAGGGCGGCUCAGACUGCGCUCCAGAGAAGCUCUGGCUUCAAAUCCCCUUCUUCUGCGGACACAGCUCGGAAUGCUGGAAUGUGGGAAGCAGGUGGGCUAUGGAUCAAGCCAAGUAUAACCUAGUCAAUGAAUACUUUCUGGUGGGAGUUACUGAAGAGCUUGAAGACUUUAUCAUGCUACUGGAGGCAGCUUUGCCCCGGUUCUUCAGGGGUGCUACAGAACUCUACCGUACAGUAGGAAAGAAAUCUCAUCUUAGGAAAACCACAGAGAAGAAGCUCCCGACGAAGCAAACCAUUGCCAAACUGCAGCAGUCCGACAUUUGGAAAAUGGAGAACGAGUUCUACGAGUUUGCCCUGGAGCAGUUCCAGUUCGUCAGAGCCCACGCCGUGCGAGAGAAAGACGGAGACCUCUACAUCCUCGCACAAAACUUUUUUUAUGAAAAGAUUUACCCUAAGUCGAACUGAGGACAGGGUGUGAGGGUUGGAUUUUUGAACGAGAACUUUGACCCUGUCUUCACCUUAGUUCUCGGCUCCACAGCCUGGACUGUGUGAGGCCGUUCCCGUUGAGCCGAGUUAGCAAACGGACAGUGACCUCGAAGAAGCAGGUGCUGGCUGCUGUGUCGGCGUCCGAGAAGUUUGGGUUUCGGGCGCUUUUUGUUUUUCCUGGUUAAAUUUUGGUGGGAGUUACAACCUGCUGCCUAAAAUAAACCUAUAGCGGUUCUAAUCAAAAGGCUACAUAUAAUUUCAGAAAAAGUUCUGAUAGUUCUGUUUUUGAUAACAGCAUUUUUUCAGCUAACCAUGAAUGAAGGAGAACACCUGCGACUUUGCCUUCCCCGGUGCCACCGAAUAGUGUUGUUAGCUGUCGGGCAGUGUGCGCUUCAACCUUGUGAGUCGUGCCUCAUGGCAUUUCUUGGAAUGUUUCAUCCUGUUCGCUAGGAAAUGUCUCUACUGUAGUCGGAAUUGCCCAUAUUUAUGUAGGUCAUGUUAAUUUCCUUUAAAAGUCAUUGUCAUUAGUGUUAAGAACCAAUUUAAACGAUCACUAAUACAAUAAAAAGCAUCAAAGCGUCUCACUCCUGUCUCCCCCAGGACCUAAGCUUGGGGACACACUUCAAAGAAUGUUGGCAUUGCCUGAAGUUUUAGUUAAGGCCCCCACAUAUUCAUAUUUUAAAGACUCAGUUUGGUAUUUGUUUCUCCAUUGGGUUAUUUGUAAGCAGGUGUCAGUGACUUUAUAUUAUAACUCCAUUAGUGAGCUGUGGGAUGGGUAGGAUUUUCCUACUUCUUCUGUACUUUUACUUGUAGACUGUUUUUACUAAGGUGCUUUAUAAUGUGUUUUAAAGCAUUGCAUUUACAAAAAAAAGGAAGUGCUGUAAAUACUGCAUAUUUUAUGUAUUUGGACCAAAAGGUUAUCAGUAAUUAGACAAAAGUGGUUUUGCACCAAUUUUAUUAUGUCAAAGUAAAACCAUUAGACCUACUGUUCUUGUAUUUCUCAUUUAAGACAUCACUGAAAUUUAAUAACCUUUCAAUUUUUAUACACAGUACAUUAUUCAUGAUCGGGGGCAGUCAUUAGAGUGGAAGGAGUGCCAGACAAGGAAUCGGAGCACUUGAUUUCUGGUCUGGCUCGGCCCCUUCUCAGCUGUGGGGUCCUGGGCACGUCACUUAACCUCUCUCUGCCUCUAGUCCCUCAUUUUGAAGUGAGGGUGAUAAUACCUGCUGUACCUACCUCGCAGGGAUGUUGUGAGGGUUAAAUGAGACGGCAUGUGAGAGCACUUUGAAAAUUGUAAAGCGCUGUAUAAAUGUAAGGUGUUGUGGAAACAUCUUCAAGAUAUAGUUUCAUGCCAUUCAUUUUUUUAAAAA